AUGACUGGAAACAAUGUUGUCAUUGACAAUGGCCAGUAUUCCAUCAAGUUUGGAAGUACAAGCCAGGAAAAUCCUUAUGUGGUGCCCAACUGUAUAAUAAGAACACAGGAUAAAAGGAUUCAUCUAGGUGAAACCUUGAGUACUGCAAAAUCAAUAGCAGAUUUGGCCCUAACGUCUGGUGGUUUGUCAAAUAUUACAUUUCAGAGGCCAAUUAGAAGUGGGCAAUGCUACCAAUGGAAUCUUGAACAUCAAAUUUGGGAUGGUGCCUUUGUCAGUUCUAGAGUAGAUUCGGGGAAUGGCGAUUUCUUGAAUAAUGCAAACUUAUUGUAUAUUGAGUCUCCAAUAACAUUAUCAAAGUUCCAAAACAUGACUGACCAAAUUUUGUUUGAAGAAUAUAAUAUUGGCGGUCUUGUAAGAUCAUCAGGACCAGCAUUAGCACCAUGGCUGGAUGCGUUUGACGAUGACAAUACAUCGGCGAGUCAAGUAACUAUAAAAGAAAUCACCCAUAAUAAAAUAGUUAAAACAGAGGAAUCAAAAGAGGGAAACAGUAGUUACAAAAAUUUCCAGUUGGUGAUCGACUCGGGGUUUGACUGCACAUGGGUUGUGCCAGUAAUAUACGGGAUCCCUUAUUAUCGAGCGAUAAGAAAGUUACCAAUUGCUGGCAAAUUUCUGAACGGUUAUUUACGUGAAGUGGUUUCGUUCAGACAUUACAACAUCUCUGAAGAACCUAUUCUUGUUAAUGCCAUAAAGCACCAGACAUGUUAUAUUGCUACUGAUUUCAACGAAACUUUGAAUAAGCUCACAAUGUUAAAAAAAUAUCCAUCACAGUUGAUUGAUUCUGAUUUGUCAUUAUCAUAUAUCCUGCCUAACAACAAGACAGAUUUUCUUGGCUAUUCAGUAGCUGACAAAACAAAAUUAUCCAAAACAGAUUUACGAAAUAUUCAAAAAACGCUUGAGAAAAAAAGCUAUAGAGACAAUGGAAAUGAAAGUGAUUUUGAUGAUGAUAUUAACAAUUCAUAUGAUAAUAACGGGUCAAACUCAGCUCAGUCAUUGCUGUUAACUGAUGAACGUUUCAUGAUUCCUGAACUUUUAUUUAGACCUCAACUAUCAGGUGUUCAUAAAGCGGGGCUUAUCCAAACCAUAAAAUCUUCACUUGAAGCCGUACCGGAAUUAUUACAACCUUUGUUGGUGAACAACAUAGUUUGUAGUGGAGGCACUUCUAACAUCAAAGGAUUCUCUGAAAGGAUUCUUAAGGACUUGAAUUCCGAGGUCCCAGUUGAAGCACAAACGAAAAUAAGGGACUUCAGUCAUAUAACCAAGGAUAGGAGUUUACUAUCAUGGUAUGCGGGUAAAUCGUUUUUUGAUAAGGGAGGUUUUGGAAAGGUGAAAAUGACAAGACAAGAAUAUUACGAAUUUGGUGCCGAAUACUCGCAAGAGAAAUUUGGGUUCAAAUUAUGA